AUGGCCCUUCCCUUUCUUCGUACCUUCACAGGAACUAUGUUUCUAGAUCCUAUUCCAGCCAAUGCCCAUCGCCACACUCUGUUUUUUGAAAACCGUCAGAUUCUACCUACCUAUCAUGUUCAACUUGAUGAACUGACUGAGGUAGGACUUGAUGUGCGUCCUUUUAUCCAAAAUCUUGGCUGGAAUUUUCUUCUGUACCACCCGUUUUCAACCAUAGUUUGUCCUGAUGCGGUCCGGUUCUUUUACUCAAACCUUCGAUUUACUGCUGUGCACUCCCGUUUUUUCACCACCCUUGUCUUUGGCAAUCUCCUCACUAUUCCAGUCGCUGAAAUUGAGCGUGCUCUUGACAUUCCUGUCAAUGGCGAGAAUCUUGAAGACGAGUCUGAACUCGGUCUGUUUAACUUCGAUCUCGCUGAAGAAUUCCAUCAGCUUACUAGUCAGUUUCCUGGUCCAAAUCUCUCUAUGCCUGUCUCUACCCUGUUACCUUCCCUCAGAGCUCUCCAUUUUUUUAUCUCUCGAGUAUUUUUGCCUCACUCUGGGAAUCUGAUGAUGAUAACCCCUGUUGAGCUUUGGGUCUUAGCUCAUGCUGCUCAUGGCAUCCCUCUAAACUAUGCUCCCCUGUUCUUUGGCUCUGUCAUCUCCUUUUGCGAUGUGAACAUCUCUUCUCCUCUUCCUUUUGGCUGCCUUAUCACCUCUCUCCUUCUUCGCCUGCGUGUUAACCUUCAUCCCUUCGCAACCAUCACCCCUUCCCUUUAUCUCUCUGCCGACAAUGUUAUGGAUCUUCUGGAAAUAGCAGUUGAGGGGGAGAAUGGCGCCAAUAACAUACUAGUUAUCAGCAGUGACUCCGACUCUGACUCGUCUAGCAGCACCUCGGAUGAUGCACCAAAAUUGGAACCGUUUGCUGCCGCUCUUCGUGCUCUUUAUGGAUCUGAUUCAGACAACGAAGCAGCAUAG